AUGCGUAAUGUAAUAGUGUUGGUUGUGAUCAUAAGUGCCGCGUUAUGUGAGGAUUCAGAAGAAGAAGUGCAACAAACGAAAAAUGACAGGAAUGAUGAAGACACUGAAGCAAUUAUUUGGGUUCUUAAACUAUUUCGAGAACAACAAAAAAAUAAUAAUAUGGCAGUACUACCGAGGACUUUAGAACGGAUGGAGGAAAAACCUGUGGAAGAAAAACUGGUGGAGGAACAAUCCGUCGAAAAUAAACUGAGAGGGAAACGUCCGGUGAAAGGAAAACUGGUGGAGGAACAAUCGGACGAAAUGGAAGUACGCGAAAAGCCAUAUAGAACAAAGAAAAGAGGUUUUCCUGAUUACGAACAAUACGAAUAUCCUCAGAAGGAUAGAAAUAAUGAUUUCAAUGAUUAUUAA